AUGCAUACUUUCUUUCACUGCAAGUUUGUUAAAAAAGUAUGGAAUAAAGUACCUCUCCACAAAGUAGUUCACCUAGCUACCUCAGCAGAUUUUAAGGAAGCAAUUUUUGCCUUCAAGAAAAGCAUUUUCCUCCCUCCAUCCGGAAUAUCAGGAAGCAUCCUCCCGUGGGUCUGUUGGGCCCUCUGGACAGCUUGCAAUACCCUCAUCUUUGAAGAUAGAACCCUAACGCAUCAAGAGGUUGCAACAAAAUCCUUAAGGUUAGCAAGAGAGUGGAACUAUGCUCAAAAUCACAAGGAGAUAAAGAACCGAGCCCUACCUGGACGAAGCAUAGGAAGAGAACCACCGGCCCCGAAUCAAGGCGCGAUUUAUAAAUCUGAUGCGGCGUGGGACAAAUCAACGAACAAAGGCGGACUCGGUUGGAUUAUCUCCGACAGAUCAGGCUCAAUCAUCAAACAAGGAUCAACAACUCAGCCCUUCAUCAAUUCACUGAUCGUGGCAGAAGCUCUGGCUCUCCGAUUGGGACUCAUCGCAGCAGUGAACAUUGAUCUAACUUCGAUCAAGAUGAUCUUUGACAAUUCAACGCUCAUCAUAGCAAUCAACAAGGACAUGCAUGCCAAGGAAAUCUAUGGAAUCGUUCAAGACAUCCAGCAAAUCUCCUCUGUUUUCGUCGAUAUCUCUUUUUCUCUCAUCUUCCCCGACUUCACCUCGCGCAAGUUGAUAUGUUAG